AAGAUGAAACGAGAAGUUUGAUAAACUUCAUGAUGAAAUGAACUUUAAAUAUGAACGAAUUAUCAUCAUUGAUACCACUAAAUAUUGUAGUUUGUUCUUAAUACCCUUAUCCAUAUUUGGCCGGAGAACCUUUGACUUUCACUGGAAACAUAGCAAGAAACAAUACUACUUACAAGGGCAUGAUGGCCGCACUAAAGGGUUUGAUGUAUGAGAGAGCAAAGAGUGUUAUUUACUCAGAAGCUUUUAUAACUCCAAAAAACUAUUGGUGAGCAUACAGAGCUCAUGAUGUACCUUUUGAAUUAUCUUAAAUAUAACAAGUUCAUACAUUGAUCUGCUGCUUACUAGCUGUAUAUUUUUACCAACAUGGAAUGCAGUAUCUACGUGGAAAGCUGGUACAACCAACUAAAAACAAGCUACUUACAAAGAAAGAAAAAUAGAAAGCUGGAUCGCUUAACCUUUAUCUUGGUUGAUAAUGUUCAUACCGAUUUUAUCCACAACACCACAAGGAUGGCUGCUAAUAUCGAACGUAUGAGCUCAAAGACUAGAGAGGCAAGAGAGAAAACGAAUGCAGCAGAAGAAAUCAAUGAGCUGUCAUUAGAAGAUGUGGUGCAGAAAGUGUAUAUUGAUGAAGAAGCUUGUUAUAUUGUCAAGUCUCUCACGACAGAAGUUGUAUACGAUAUAUCAACUAAGCAAGGAAUGAUGACUGCAUCUGUGUGGUUUACAGCCAAGAUAGGAAUUGACUCUAGCUUGAGAAUUCAUACUAUGGGUGGGACAGCACUCAUCCAUAAUACUGUAGAGAAUGAUCAUAGUGAAGCAAUUGCUGAAAGCUCUGAUGUGCUUCAAUCAGAAGUACCAUCUGAAGCUGGAAGUAGAACAGAUGUGUUGACAAGCACCACGAAUGUAUGCAGACAGGCUUUAGAAAGUCGUAUACAUUUAACUUCUGAAAAUAACAACAGACUGUUACAAAUAUAUAAUGAAUUAAGACAGUUGUUGUCAGUUAAUGAAGAGAUGCAGCUUCCACCAAAUAUAAAUAUGCAAACACAAAGAAGAUAAAGCAUAAAAGUUCAGAAAGGGGGGGGGCAAAAUAAGUAAAUCCGUAUAAAUGUGUAACGUCAUAAUGAGCCAAUCAUCUUGAUAGCGCUUUUUUUCUCACAAUGCACACACACGCAUAGUGUGUGUUUAUAUGC